AUGGGACGCAAUUGCUGCCAUGUCUCGUUCGCUUCCGUGCUCAAGAUCCUCAAUUUCAUUCAAGCUUUCAUCGGCGUGUCGAUCAUAAUCUACUCGAUUUGGAUGCUCGAUCAAUACAACCGUCACGUACCCGUCGAUCCUCCUCCGUCGCAACCUCCGGCGGCUUCGUCGCCGGAUUCUUAUUCCUUCUCUAGCUCGGGAAUUGAGAUCACCGGUGGUGUUUCUGAUUCCUUGAGGAAUCCAAUCAAUCUCGUGUCGGGUCUCGUUGUCGGGUCUGGCGGCGAUUCGGGUUUCAGCCUCCGCUCCUUAGAUCUUCCUGCUCCAUGGUUCAUCUACUGUUUCAUGGCGAUUGGGAUUUUGGUUUGCAUUGUCACUUUCAUCGGUUUCAUAGCAGCUGAAGCUAUCAGUGGCUGCUGCUUGUGUUUCUAUUCCAUUCUCAAAACUCUUGUAAUCAUACUUGAAGCAGCUCUCGUGGGAUACAUAGCUAUUGACCGUCAUUGGGAAAAAGAUCUUCCGUAUGAUCCAACUGGAGAACUCACUAACCUUCGAGCUUUCAUCGAAGCAAACAUCGAUAUCUGCAAAUGGGUCGGCAUUGUUGUGGUUGCGGUUCAGCUACUGUCAUUGCUACUGGCGUUGGUUCUGAGAGCUAUGGUUUCGCCACGUCAGUCAGAGCUUGACGAGGAAGAUGAUUUCGAGAGCAGAGCUCGGGAGAAUCUUCUUGGUCCGCAGGCAAACCAGACAUCUUCUGCAUCAAGCAAUAUUGACAACUGGAGGUCCCGAAUCAGAGAGAAGUAUGGAUUGGUCAACGGACAGAGCCAGAAUCCAUCAGUUUGA